GGCGGCCCUCAUGUCAGCCGACCUGAUCAGCCGCUUGUACCCGUUGAAGAACACGUUGCAGUACCUCGCGCAGGACUUCGGCUACUUCCACAUACACACUGCUAAACCUGAUGCUAUUGGAUUGUGCGUCGGCGAAACUCCCACGAGUCUCCUGGGCUGGUUCCUGCAUUUGUUCUCUAUAUUUAGCAGGAGAACUAACGGCGACGAUCCCAUGGGAGGGCUGGAGAUAUACUCCCGCGACCAGAUCAUUGACAACCUUAUGAUCUACUGGGACACUGAGACAGCCACCACCUCCAUCAGAAUGUAUGCGGAAACCAUCAAUUUGAGGAAUCUCCGCUCAGGAUAUUUCAGAGUUCCCACGCCAGUUCCGACUAUCGCUGUGCAAGCUCUGGGCGAGAUAUUUUACAUGCCUCCAGCAGCUCUGAACACCAAGUUCACCAACCUUGUGGCGGUGGACGUCCUCGACGACUACGGACACUUCCUUGCUUUGGAACAGCCGAAAAUCUUUGUGGAGUUGCUGCUCAGUGGUCUACAGAGGAUCAUCCAGUUCAGCAAACAGAACAUGAAUGGAGAUGCAGAAGGCGGCAACUAUGUUUAGUUUGAGCAUUAAAUUGUAUACUUAAGGAAUAUUUCU